CGAUAUCAUGCCUGGGAAUUGUGCGAAGAUUUAUAAGGGUGGCUGGUGGUAUAAGAAUUGUAUGACUAUUAAUUUGAAUGCCGAAUACGUUAACAACUAUGGAAAAAACGUCAUUCAGAUAUAUUGGGAUGAUCAAAUGCUCGUUAAACAAGAGAAAAUGUUGAUACGUCCAAAUCUGUAAUGAUUCUGCAAACAAAAUUUAUAAAAUAAUAUUUAUUCGGGGAAGAAAUAUGUAUGGCUCAAGGUGCAGAGGAA